AGGGGCCUCUGAGAUUCUGCACACAGGUGAGAGGAGCCAAUAUAACUGAUGAGAAGAGAGCUGCAGCCACUUCCAUCAGACCAGCACCCUGUCAGCAGCAGACUUCAGGCAUCCACUGUAGGACUCGAUCAUGUGUUCCCAGCUGCAGUCCGCGAUGGAGGACCUCAUCAAAGUGUUCCACUCGUACUCUGGGAAAGAAGGAGACAAGUACAAGCUGAGCAAAGCGGAGCUGAAGAACCUCUUGCAGGGGGAACUCUCGGAAAUCUUCCUGUCUGCCAGCAAGGACCCGAUGGUGGUGGAUAAGAUCAUGUCUGACCUGGACGAAAACAAAGACGGCGAGGUGGAGUUCCAGGAGUUCGUCGUUCUGGUUGCUGCUCUCACUGUCGCCUGCAAUGAGUUUUUCAUUAAUGCAGCUCCAUCAGUCCAGAAGGAUGACAAACCUUGUCUUCAAGAUGUCAUUUAAAAACUGUAAACUGUGUGGUUGGAUGUCAUGAUGCUGAAUACACUUCACUGUUAACUCGAUAAGUCUUCAUCUUUAAUAAAGAUGUUACGCUCUUCA